AUCCGCGCUGUCUCUCUCCCACCACCCUCGCAGCCGCAGCUAACGCCCCGAAGGCCACAGAUUCUCGCUCGCCUUCAUCAUGGCUGACGACAUCGUUAUCGACAAGGCGCUCUUUCACGAGCGUCUCUCGGCCUUCGUUACCAAAUGGAAGGCGGACAAGCGCUCUGGCGACCAGGUCUUCCAGGGUGCGGGCUCAAUCGCGACGGCGGUGGGCAAGGCGAGCGAGCCAGGCAGUUAUCUGAAGCCAGCCGCAUUCCAACUAUGGCUGCUAGGCUACGAGUUCCCCGCGACGCUGUUCGUCCUCACGCCCGACCUUGUCCAGAUCGUCACAACCAAGAAGAAGGCCUCAUACCUGGAGCCUCUGAAGGGUGGCAAGGUCCCCGUUGAGAUCCUCGUGCGCGGCAAGGAUGCGGAGGAGAACAAGAAACAGUUCCAGACGUGCCUGGAGACGAUGAAGAAGGCAGGCAAGAAGGUCGCGGUGCUGAAGAAGGACAGCGCAACCGGCGGCUUUGCGGAGGAGUGGAAAGCGGCGUUUCAGGAGGCAGGCAUCAAGGAGGAAGACCACGUCGAUCUAGCUCCAAUUCUGUCUCAGGCGGCUUUGUCAGUCAAGGACGAGAAAGAACUGCGAAUCAUUCGAGAUGCAUCGCGAGCUUCAAGCGCCCUCAUGACCAGCUACUUCGUCGAAGAAAUGUCCGACAUCCUCGACUCUGAGAAGAAGAUCUCCCACAAAGCCCUCUCCGACAAGGUCGCGAACAAAAUCGACGAUCCCAAGUUCUUCGAGAAGCAGAAGGUUUCUAAGAAUUUCGAUACCAUGCAGUUGGACUGGUGCCUGGCGCCGACCGUGCAGAGUGGUGGAGCUUACGAUUUGAAGUUUGCCGCCGAGCCCGACGACAACAACCUGCACGCAGGCGUCAUCAUCUCCGCCCUCGGCCUCCGCUAUCAGACAUACGGUGCCAUGAUUGGGCGGACAUACAUGGUGGAUCCGAACAGGGAGCAGGAGGCGGCUUACAAGUUCCUCUUGUCAGUACAUGACUUGAUCAUGAAGUCGAUAAAAGACGGUGUUGUGGCCAAGGACGUCUACAGCAAGGCGUUGAACCACAUCAAAACCAAGAAGCCUGAAUUCGAGAAGCACUUCCCCAAGAACGUCGGCUAUGGCAUCGGAACGGAGAACAAGGACGGCACGCUGCUUUUGAGCGGCAAGAAUACACGGGUGCUGAAGGACGGCAUGACGCUUGUCGUCAGCACUGGCUUCCAAGAUCUUGAGAACUCGAAGCCGCAGAACAAGAAGAGCAAGACGUAUUCGCUCGUGUUGGUCGACACGGUGCGUGUGGGCCCCACGGACUGCGCCGUCUUCACCAAGGAUACGCCGUCCGAAUUAGACUCUGUCUCGUUCUUUUUCAACGACGAGGAAGAAGAGGAGACGAAGCCGAAGCCAAAGCGUGAGCGCGCAGGCGCCAUCGCACAGACCAACAUCACCAAGACCCGGACGCGACACGAGCGACCCACCAAUCAGGACGCCGAAAAGGAGGCACUGCGACGGGAGCAUCAGAAAGAGCUCCACCAGAAGAAACAGCAAGCGGGUCUAGAAGCCUACGGCGAGGGCGCGAAAACUCUGAACGGUACCGAGGAGAAGAAGUUCAAGCGGUUCGAGUCGUAUAAGAGGGAUAACCAGCUCCCCUCGUCCGUGGCCGGCUUGGAGAUCGUGGUGGACAAGAAGAAUCUCACAGUCAUCCUGCCCAUCAUGGGCCGUCCCGUACCCUUCCACAUCCACACCAUCAAGAACGCCUCGCACACACCUGAGGCCGAUUUUACAUCUCUCCGUAUCAACUUCCUCUCACCUGGUCAGGGUGUCGGCAGGAAAGACGACCAGCCCUUCGAAGACCCCAACGCACAUUUCAUCCGGAGCUUAACAUUUCGCUCUCAUGACAUUAAUCGCAUCGACCGGAUCACGAAGGAUAUCACCGAUCUCAAGAAAGACGUAGUCCGACGUGAGCAGGAGAAGAAGCAGAUGGAAGACGUUGUUGAGCAGGAUAAGCUUAUUCCUAUCAAGAGCCGGAAACCAUUCGUUCUCGAUCUCAUCUUCCUCCGACCUGCGCUCGACGGCAAACGCAUUCCUGGAAGCGUCGAGAUCCACCAAAACGGUCUCCGGUAUGCGCACGGUGCUGGCGGCGUCAAGGUUGACGUCCUCUUCAGCAACAUGAAGCACCUCUUCUUCCAGCCCUCGCAACACGAACUCAUCGUCAUCAUUCACGUUCACCUGAAGAACCCCAUCAUGCUUGGAAAGAAGAAGACAAAGGACGUCCAGUUCGUCCGUGAGGCAACAGAGAUGCAGUUUGAUGAGACGGGUAACCGCAAGCGACGACACAAGUUCGGCGACGAGGAAGAGUUCGAGCAGGAACAGGAAGAGCGUCGGCGCCGUGCGGCUCUCGACAAGGAGUUCAAGAACUUCGCAGAGAAGAUCGCUGAUGCUGCCCGGAACGAGAAUGUCAGCGUUGACAUCCCGUACCGCGAGCUCGGCUUCAACGGUGUGCCGUCACGGUCCUCCGUUCUCGUCCAACCCACAACCGACUGCCUAGUGCAGCUCACCGAGCCCCCCUUCACCUGCAUCACUCUGUCUGAAAUCGAAAUCGUGCACCUCGAGCGCGUACAGUUCGGUCUCCGCAACUUCGACAUGGUGGUCGUCUUCAAAGACUACAACCGACCGCCCGUCCACAUCAACACCAUCCCCGUCGAAUCACUCGAUCCUGUAAAAGAUUGGCUUGACAGCGUCGACAUCCCCUUCUCUGAGGGUCCGCUCAAUCUCAACUGGGCCACCAUCAUGAAGACCGUCACCCAAGACCCGCACCAGUUCUUCGUCGACGGCGGCUGGUCGUUCUUGUCUACCGAGAGUGACGAUGAAGAUGAAGACGGGGAGGAGGAAGAGUCGGCGUUCGAGGUGUCGGAAAGCGAGCUCGCUGUCUCAGACGAGUCAAGUGGGGAUGAGAGCGACUUUGAUGAGAAUGCAUCCGAUGAGAUGGACGACGAGGGUAGUGAAGACGACUUUAGCGAGGGAGAAGAUUGGGACGAGCUAGAGAAGAAGGCAGCGAGGAAGGAUCGGGAAUCCGGCCUCGUUGUCGAAGACGAGGGCAAGGCCAAAAAGAGGAAGCGGUAAGCGGUGUCGCCACACAGGACAACUUGACGUUUGCUGGGUAAGGAAUGCGAGGUGGUGCGGACUAGCUGACGGUGCUCUGCUUCUCUUUGACGGGAUUUCCAUGUAAAAUUGUCGGCCUCUUUUUGGGCUUUGGAUGCUUACGGCAUAUGGGUCGCGGUAUACCGGGAUGGGAGGCAUCUGGAGUUCUUCUCCCAAUAGCUUACAGCUCCCGUUCAAAAAUCCUAAUGAUUUUGAUUUCAUUG